UCAGGCUCCUGUAACUGGCAGGGGUGAAUUGAAUGUAUGACCAGGGUGGUGUGGGUCUCUGAUGAUGCUGCCUGGCUUUUUUGAGGCAGCGACUCCUGUAAAUCCCUUCAAUGGUUGUGAAACAGAACUUGUGAUGGGCUGGGCAGUGUUCACAGCUUUUUGCAUGGGGAUAGUGCAGGAGAGAGGUGCUGAAGUGGAAGAUCAGCCCUGGUCCUGAUGAAAGGAGCAGGUCUAAAUGGCCUUAUCCGGCUCCUAUAUUUGUAUAGUUAUGAGAUAUUUCCUGUUCAGAUGAAUGGACACUCAUGGCAGAAGAAUAUAAGCCAUUUAAGCAGAAUAAAAUAGGAAAGCAUCACAUUGUUAAAAUGCUGAAUGAUUGAAAGGUGUUUUAUUCAGCACCUGUGUCUGCCUGAAGACCAAUAACUGAAAGGUAAAUGUUGGUACAACAAGCAAUUUGAAGGUAAUGGCCAGCUGGUCUUUAUUGCAACAGGAUUCAAGUCCAAAACUAGAGGCAUCUUAUAAGGACACAAAGUGCUGGAGUAACUCAGCAGACAGGCAGCAUCUCUGGAGGUUACUCCAAUACUUUGUAUCCUUUUGUGUACUCCAGAGAUGCUGCCUGACCUGCUGAGUUACUCCAGCACUUAAUGUCCAUUUGUAUAAACCAGCAUCAGCGGUUCCUUGUUUCUACAUUUUGACUGCUCCGCUAUGAAAUCUCCUCACAGCAUGCCUACUUUAAAGACGUUCUCCUCCGCUCUCUGAUGGGAGUACAGCGAGACCCUCUCUUACUGCUUCCCCUCUGCGAUUCCUGCUGCUGCCCUUUACUGCAGUCUGAAGUAGGGUCCUGACGUGAAACAUCGCCUAUCCAUGUUCUCCAGAGAUGCUGCCCGACCCGCUGAGAUCACUCCGGCACUUGACAUAUUGUGUCCAGGUCUGGUCUCCCUGCCUAGGGAUGGAUAUAUUUGUAAUAGCGUGAGAAGGCUCGCCAGAAUAUUAUCGCAUCCAAAGAGGAGAAAAUAAACAAACUGGGUUGUAAAGUUUUAGUACAAUGAGGAUGUGAGGUAAUUUCAUUGAAAUGUUCAAUGUUCUUAAGGAGUUUGACAGUGUGUAUCUAGCAAUGGCAUUUCCAGACUAAGGUGUCUAUAAUCAGGAUCACAGUCUCCAUAUACAGUGCAUUCAGAAAGUAUUCAGACCCCUUCACUUUUUCCACAUUUUGUCACGUUACAGCCUUAUUCUAAAAUGGAUUAAAACAUUUUUUUUAAUCAUGAAUCUACACACAAUACCUCACAAUAUAAAAGUGAAAACAGGUGUUUAGAAAAUUUUGCAAAUUAAUUAAAAAUAAAUAACUGAAAAUAUCACAUUUACAUAAGUAUUCAGACCCUUUGCUAUGAUUCUCAAAAAUUGUCCGUAGACCUCUGAGUCAGGAUUGUGUCGAGACACGGAUCUGGGGAAGGGUAUAAAAUAAUUUCUGCAGCAUUGCAGAUCCCAAAGAGCACAGUGGCCUCUGUCAUUCUUAAAUGGAAGAACUUUGAAACCAACAGGACUCUUCAGAGAGCUGGCCGCCCGGCCAAACUGAGCAAUCGGGGGAGAAGGGCCUUGGUCAGGGAGGUGACCAAAAACCUAAUGGUCACUCGGACAGAGCUUCAGAGUUCCUCUGUGGAGAUGGGAGAACCUUCCAGAAGGGCAACUAUAUCAGCAGCACACCACCAAUCAGCCCUUUAUAGUACAAUGGCCAGACGAAAGCCACUCGUCAGUAAAAGGCACAUGACAGCCCGCUUGGAGUUUGCCAAAAGGCACCUAAACAAGGUUCUCUGGUCUGAUCAAACCAAGAUUGAACUCUUUGGCCUGAAUGCCAAGUGUCACGUCUGGAGGAAACCAGGCACAGCUCAUCACUUUACCUAAGAUGAAGCACGGUGGUGGCAGCAUCAUGCUGUAGGGAUGUUUUUCAGCGGCAGGAACUGGGAGACUAGUCAGGAUCGAGGGAAAGAUGAACUGAGCAAAGUACAGAGAGAUCCAUGAUGAAAACUUGCUCCAGAGCGUUCAGGACCUCAGACUGGGGUGGAGGUUCACCUACCAACAGGACAACGACCCUAAGCACACAGCCAAGACAAUGCAGGAGUGGCUUCGUGCCAAGUCUGUGAGAGGAUCUGCAGAGAAGAAUGGGAGAAAUUACCCAAAUACAGGUGUGCCACGCUUGUAGCGUCAUACCCAAUAAGAAUUGAGGCUGUAAUCAUUGCCAAAGGUGCCUCAACAAAGUACUGAGUGAAGGGUCUGAAUAUUUAUGUAAAUGUGAUAUUUCAGUUAUUUAUUUUUAAUUAUUUGCAAAAAUUUCUAAACACCUUGUUUUGCUUUUUCAUUAUGGGGUAUUGUGCAUAGAAGAACGGUGAAAAAAAAUGAAUGUAAUCCAUUUUAGAAUAAGGCUGCAACAUAACAAAAUAUGGAAAAAGUGAAGGGGUUUGAAUACUUUCUGAAUGCACUGUAAGGAAUACAUCACUCAAGGCUGAGAUGAGAAUAAACUUCUUCACUCAGAGGACAGUAAAUCUUCAGAUUUUUCUACCCAAGGCAGUGGCGGUUCAAUAACUGGAGGUACAUUCAGAUUAGAGGUGGAUAGAUUUUGGGGAAAUUUAAGGAAUUGAGGGGUGCAAAAGAGUGGAGUUUUGUUAAAAGACGGGGAUAGGCUCAAGAUGUGUGGGCUGAAUAGCCCAUUCGUGCUUCUAUUUUGUUUUAAGUUUCGCUGGCUUUGCCUGAGGUCACAUUCCAAAACGAGAAUCGUAAUAAAAACAGGCCCUUUCUUGUCCUGAUGCCAAACAAUCGGUUCACAAAGGGUUAACAAGCCGUCUCCGGCAGAUCCAUUUUUUUCACUCGUAUGGAACUGGUCCCAAAUACAUCACCCGAUGGGAAAGUGCUUGUUCUUACUCAUGAAAUACCUUUGUCAAUAUGCUCCACCCACCAGAUACCAGCAAUGAAUUCCAGACAGAUGUAUAGAAGGGCAGUGAAGUUUCCAGCUCGAAUCAGUGUGGGGAAUCUUCACUCCAGAGACCAUGGGAUCCAACAAACUGAGUGAAAAUGUGUCUGGCUUUUUAUUUGAGUACAAGACCCCUCGGUUGAUAGCUCUGAGGGACAAGAGGGUCGGACUAAUUUUCCGGCUGAUCCAGCUCGUUGUGCUUGCGUACGUUGUGGGCUGGGUUUUUAUCUACGAGAAGGGCUACCAGAGCACAGGCUCCACCAUCAGCUCCGUCUCCGUGAAGGUGAAAGGCUUCGGCUUCACCAACCUCUCCAGCGUUGGCCCCAAGGUGCUGGACGUGGUUGACUACACUUUCCCAUCGCAGGCUGUUAACUACAGUAUCACUCAGAGUGAAGAGAGGGAAUUACUUACUUAUCUCUCUCUGCCUCUCAUCACCUGUCUGUGUUUCCUUCCUAAGGGAUCGAGCUCCUUUGUCAUAAUGACCAAUUACAUCCUAACUCGGAAGCAGUCCAUGAAGUUCUGCGGACAGCAUCGAACGUCCGGAGAGUGUGGAGCAGACAGCGACUGUCCCACUGGGAAGUUUAGCCGCUAUGGACAAGGCAUGAUGAGUGGGAGCUGCCGGAACAACUCUGCGGGAGUGAAGACCUGUGAGAUCUUCGGCUGGUGCCCCGUGGAAGAUGACCUCCAUCUUCCAAAUCCGCCCUUGCUGAUGGCUGCAGAGAACUUCACCAUUUUUAUCAAGAACUCGGUCACUUUCACAGCCUUCGGCGUUUCAAGGAGGAAUUUGGUGGAAUUCAUUACCAAGGCAUAUCUGCGCAACUGCACUUACCACAAGGUCCAUCACCCCCUCUGUCCUGUGUUUCGUUUGGGACACAUUGCUGAAGAGAUAAAGGAGAACUUCUCUACACUGGCAUACAGAGGAGCCAUGAUUGGCAUCGUGAUAGACUGGGACUGUGACCUGGACUGGCCAGUGACUGACUGCAAACCCACCUACAGCUUCCACCAGCACUACCGGAGCCUGACCAAGGACCAGGUGUCAGUGGGCUUCAACUUCAGGUAUGCUAAAUACUAUGUGGAAAAUGGCACAGAAAUGAGAGAUCUCUACAAGGUCUUUGGAAUUCGGUUUGAUGUGAUGGUGCACGGAAAGGCUGGUAAAUUUAACAUCAUCCCGACCAUGACAACCAUCGGCUCUGGGAUCGGUGUGUUUGGGGUGGCGACUAUUGUGUGUGACUUAGUCCUCCUUCACCUCCUCCCAAAACGCAACUACUACAAGCAAAAGAAGUUCAAGAACGUGGAAUCAUCACUCCGAGCAGGGAGUGGACAUUAGGCAUCGCCUGGACAGGCUGACCCUGCAACUCUGACCCAGUGCCACCAACAGGACAAUAGGCCUUUAUGGCCAAGUUAGGUUUUUAACAACGUUUGACUUGAAUUAUACAAAAUGGCGCCAGAAACGUGGCAACUCUAGAGAACUGUCUCAGUGAAAUCUACUCUUCCUACACUUGUUAAGUAUGAUUCUGCCUUCGCAUUGUAAGAUUUUGACUGAACUGUAUGCAUGUGACAAUAAAGUACAUUUGAACCAUUGAGUUGUCCAGCAGCAGCUCCCCAAGGUAACGUUGCCUCAAGAAGCAGCCAACGUAAGCAAUGACCACUCACACCCCAGUCAUUCCCUCUUCUCCGCUCUCCCACCAGGCAGAAGACACAAAAGCUUGAAAGCACAUGGCACCAGAUUGAAGAAAGGCUUCUUCCUUGCUGUUAUCAGUUGACUGAACAGACCUUUCAUGUACUUGGGAUGAAUUCCAGAUCUUCCAAUCUAUCUCGGUUGCGCCCUUGUAAUUGUUUCAUAUCGGUACUUAUAACACUGGCAGUAACACUGUAUUCUUCACUCUGUUUCCACCCUCUUUUAUAACGCAUGAUGUACUCAUGUGUGGUGUGAUUUGCCCAGGAUAACACGCACAACAAACUGGUUCUUUGUGUCUUGGUACAUGUGACAAUAAACAUAAACUAACCACACCAAACCAAAUUAUCCAACGCACGCUCACUCCGUUUACUUUUAGGAACCUGAAUAGUCUGGACUGAGGAGUUCAAUAAAACUUACACUUGAUCCUGGCUCUUUGAUUAGCUUCGAUUAACUAGUGGGAUGACAAUAUUGCCUUCUCAGGCAAUGGCAUGAUGUUAUUGGAUUUGCUUCCAACAGAGACCAAAGACUAACAAAGAUGCCCUUCCUCUUACUCCUGAAGAAAUGCCCAGGCAGAAUGAGUCCUGUCAUCAGAACCAUGUCUUCUGCGUAUCAGAAAAAUGCCAAUCCAAUUCAACUAGAGCAAACUGACAGCAAAACAUGGCGGUGCCUGCAUGUGUAAAUAUGCAAAAAGGAACUCACUGUGCAGUUGCACGUGACAAAUAAAGCCAGCAUGACAAGUCAAU